UGUGUCCUGAACCGCAUUUGCCCUCGCGCCGGCUUUGGCGUACCAUGGCCACCGCGUUCUUUCCCUCCAACAUGGGCUGCACCGCGCCCUUCUCGUCGCAGGGCGGCAUGGGCGCGGCGCUGCUGGAGCGCCCCGAGGUCGCGGCGGACAUCCUGCGGGCCCUGCGUCGGGAGCUGCCCGCCGAGGUCGCGGUGACCUGCAAGAUACGCAUGCGGUCCACCACGGCGCGCACGCGGGACUUCAUGCAGCUGUGCGAGCGGAGUGGCGUAAGCGCCGUCGCGGUGCAUAUGCGGACGGCGGAGGAGGUCUCCGACCUGCCCGCGCACUGGGAGGGCAUGGCCCAGCUCUGGGACGCGGUCGACGUGCCCGUGAUCGCCAACGGGGACUUCCUGAGCAGGCGCCACGUCGAGGACUUCUGGGGCCGCCUGGCCGGCGCAGGGGUGACCUCCGCGGAAGGGGGCGACGCGCCCGCCACCCGGCGAGGUCCUGCGGCAAUCAUGGUUGCCCGUGGAGCUCUCUGGGAUCCGGCCAUCUUUUGCCGCCGGGGGCCCUCUCAGGCCCCCAAACACGCUGAUGUAGUGCGGGAUUUCAUCGACACUACGAAGCGCGUGAAUAGCCCUUACCAGUACCUGAAGUGGGUGCUCGGCGAGAUGCUGAACCCUGGGCCGUGCAGCCCGGCCCCGGCCUUCGGAGGAAUGCCGGGCAGGGAGCUCCGGCGGUUGAAGGGCCAGCUCGACCGCGCCAAGAGCAUGGGCGGCAUCUGCGAGCUGUUCGGCCUGGGCUACGACGCGGGCGCGUACCCGCCCGGGGCCCACACCCUGGACUAUGACUUUGCCCAGGGCGGGGCCCCGCCGGAUGCCGAGCCAGGCUGGACGCCAGACCCGCCCGCGCCGCGGGGGCCUGCGGGCGCGUGCCCGCGCGACGGCGCGCCCGACGAAAAGAGCGCCUCCUCCUCCUCCUCCUCCUCCUCCUCCUCCUCCUCCUCC